GUGCUUGAGCCGUGCCGAGCCGUGCCGAGCCGUGUUGAACCGUGCCCAGCAGUGCCGGGAGAGCGGGCCGGGGGCUUUCAGGGUGCCCCGAAGGGUGACGGGAUGCCACCGUGCUGCGUGGGGACCCGCGCCCCGCACUGAGUCGCCACGUGGCGGACGACGCCCCGAGGGACGCGGGGAGGUGACCGCUCCCCGGCCCGGCUCUGGAUGAAGGCUGAGGAUGUGCUAUGGAGCCGGGAUUCAACUGCUCCGACCUCUGCGAUGGCAACCCCGGUUUCGGCAGCCAGGAGCAGCAGCAGAGGACGCUGCAGGAGCUCUGCACCAUCACAGUCGUACGUACGGAGACGUCUUCUGACCGCAGCGGGAAGAGCUCCCCAUCUUUCUCUGCUGCUCUCCUGGGCGUCGUGUGGACGUUCCUGACCGGAGGAGUCCUGCUAGCUCUCUUCUUUCUGGUCUUCACGAUUCGCUUCAGGAAAAACAGGAUCGUGAAGAUGUCCAGCCCCAAUCUGAACGUUGUGACCCUGCUGGGCAGUGGCUUGACUUACACUAGUGCUUACCUCUUUGGGAUUCAGGAGCAGAGCCUGCCGUCCAGACACUCAGUGGAAACGCUUAUCCAGGUGCGGCUCUGCCUGCUGUGUGUGGGGACCUCCCUGGUGCUGGGCCCUGUCCUGGGGAAGAGCUGGAGGCUCUACAAGGUGUUCACCCAGCGGGUGCCGGACAAGCGGGUGAUUAUCAAAGACCUCCAGUUGCUGGUGAUGGUGGCAGUGUUGGUGUUGGCAGACGCUGUAUUGCUCUUGACGUGGGUCUUCUCCGAUCCGGUCCAGUGUUUCCGAAGCCUCAGCGUCUCAGUGCGGGCGACAGAGAAAGGCAUGACCUGUUCAGUGAGCCGGAUGCAGUCCUGUGCAUCUCUUUAUUCCGAUCUUUGGCUCGUUCUCAUUUUAGGGUUUAAGAGCGUCCUGCUGCUCUAUGGGACGUACCUGGCCGGCCUGACCGACAACGUCAGCUCCCCGCCGGUCAACCAGUCCCUGACGCUCGUCGUGGGGGUCAACCUCAUUUUCCUGGUGGCUGGUGCCAUCUUCUUAGUUCACCGUUUCUUCCGCACUUGGCACAACUUGCUGUUUGGUUUCACCUCCGGGGGCAUCUUUGUGUGUACGACUACGAUCAACUGCUUCAUCUUCGUCCCGCAGCUCAGGCAGUGGAAGGCCUUUGAAGAAGAAAGCCAAACCCUGAGCCACAUGGCAAAAUAUUUCACCAGCCCGAGCAGGAGCUGCCACUCGGUGUACAGCGAGGAGCAGCUCUACCAGCUGAUAGGGGAGAAAAACUCCAUGAAGCGGCUGCUGACAGAGAAAAACGCCGUGAUCGAGAGCCUGCAGGAGCAAGUGAACAAUGCCAAGGAGAAGCUGAUGAGGCUGAUGUCUGUGGAGGGCGGCUGCGACCCCGCGGUGCUGGCUCCCUGCACCCGGAGCACAGGGUGGCACGGUGAGCGGCGUGGCUGCGCUGCGGCCGGUGGGGAUGUGCCUGGGGACUGCUGCCCCCUGGAUCCAGAGCAGGACGGGCAGCAGCCUCCUCAGUUGCUGCAUGCAUCACCACACAGUCUGAUGCCUUUUAGUGGUGAUGCUCAGGAUCUCUGGAGAUGUGUGAGCCAUGAGCACGUGCUGCCAGAGGAGCCUGAUUGCUCUCCGGUGCUGCUUUUUGAUGUGGGGGACAGCCCUGAAUGCAGCCCAAAAGAUGCCCAGGAACAUGGGAUGCUUGCAGGGAAGGGGCAUCCUCUGGAACCUGGCCAGGACGUCUCAGCUACUGCAUCCAGAGAGCAUCCCCCCAAGGUCAGCUACGUAAGCAGCGAGAAGCUGCAGGAAAUCUUGCAAGAUCUGAGCCUGGACGGCAGGACCUGCAGCCCGGCCUUCCCCGCACGUGGGGGGGGGAUGUGGGGGGUGCAGGAGGGGUACCCAGCCACCCGCAAUCCCCUCAGCCCCUACCUGACGAGGCGGCGGCGGCAUGUCCCGCUGCCCCCUGCCUCUGCCGGCUUCCCCACAUCCCCGUCCCCUCGCCCCCGGUGUGCAGCCAGCUCGGUGGUCAGCAGGCUGGGCACACGGGGCCGUGGGGAGCCAGCACGCCUCGCCAUGGGGAGGGAAGGCGAGGGAGCUGACAGAGGGCUCCAUUACCCAGCACCAUACUCUCUAUCCAUCCCCACCGAGGGAUGGCCGGAGCCCCAGGGCUGGGAGGCAAGUGGCACGGGCCCAGAAAUUCACCACGAUGCUUCCCCGUGGGACUGGCGGCAGCGGGGUGCCCCGGGGAUGCCAGCUCGUCCCGCCCUGCACUCGCUGUACCAUUACCCGGACUCGGACUCCAGCAGCAGCUCCGAGGAGAUGUUUCCCUGCUGCCACCGGCCCUGCUGCCAGGCCUGCCUGCACAGCCCCCGCGGCUCGCUGGGCAGCAGCAGCAGCAGCAGCACGGACACGGACACAGAGCCUGGUGGGGCUGCAGGAUGCUGGCUGGAGCCCCAGAGCAGGGCUCAGCCUGUUGUGAACUUCAAAGAAGAUCUGAAACCCACGUUUGUGUGAUCACGAGCACCCCCGUCCCAAAGGCGAGUGCCCCCUUCCUCCCAAAGCACGCUCUGUGAAAGAAAACACAGUGAUGCAAAAUAAAUGCAUCCCUCUGGGAUGGAGACAGCAGGAGCACUUGCAGCUGUGGCAAAGCCACGGCCUCACAGCUGAGGGCA